UGCCCCACGUCCAAGACUGUUCCGACAAAGCACGUGGGUAAUGUUUUGAUCCCGCUGAGGUGAGUGGCGCGAGGAAUUUUAUCUUCUGUCACCUCACCUCUCCCCCUUAGCACACCUGGUUGACAUGAGCCACAGGAAGAGGGAGAAGAAGAACAAGAACAAAAGCAGCUCUGAACUUUUUGGAGAGCCAAAUCUGGACUGAACCGUGGAUACAGAGAUGGAGGAUGAUUGCUCCUUUGUGGCUCCUGGACAUGUCCCCACCAGGUGGCACCAGCCUCCGGGUCACCCGCAGAACUACCGAGGCUUCCACCACUCCCAGCCAAACCAAAGAAAUGCCCAAGCCUUUCAGGCCUACCAGAAUAAUACCUGGGCCUACCAAAACAAUGCCCAGGGGUAUCCCAAUGGUCCCCAGCCUCAUCAUUAUAAUGCCCAGGCCUACCACAACAAGGCACAGGCUUACCAACAAGAGACUUUCUCCUGUGGGCCUUGCAAUCGCACAUUCCAUUCAAAAUACCAGCAUGAGAGGCAUCUCCAGGAACAUGUGAAGUGCCCCUUCCCUGAGUGCAACUUGAGUGCUCACCCAAAGGCCAUUGAGAAACACAUAGACAAUCAACACCUCCUUGUUAACUUUGCCAACCUGCAGAUCGAUGAUGAGGCAUGGAUUGCAGAAAGGAAGAGGAAAUUCCCAACCAGCCAGAGAGCUGAACUGCGGCGGGCCCAGCAGCUGGAGAAAGCCAAGCGUGGAGAGAGGCUGGGGAAGAGUACCAAGCCCUUUGCUUCCAGAGGCGGUAGAGGGAAGGGCAGGGGAAGGGGAAGGGGAAGAGGUGGUGGUGGUCGUGGUGGUGGUGGUGGUGAUGGUGGUAGGGAGGGAAGUGGUGAUAGUGAUGGUGUGAAAAAUGAGCAAAAGAGGCCUGCUGAUUCAGAGUGGAGUGAUCAGCAAGGAAGGAAGCGAAAAAGAAUGAUGCAGGAUGGUAGGAAGGAUAAAGUGGAAGAGCAGAAUGAAAAUAAGGAGAGAAAUGUUAAACCACAGUGGCAGAGGAGUGCCCAGACAGCUGCUGCUCCAGUGCCAGACGUGGACUCUGGUGAUGAGGAUGCCAGAGACGGCAUUCCAGCUUUCCGUGGCACCAGACACUUCUAUGAGAGCACGGGAGAGAUUAGCUACUUUGGCAUUAAGUCUGGCACUGCCCCAGAUGAUGCUGUGAAAGAGGAGAUGAAGGAAGCAACACAAUCAGAAGUGGUCAUCAGUGAUGAAGAGGACUGGGAUGAGAGCGGGUCAAGGGAUGCAAGCAGUGGUGCUCCUACAGCUCAGUCCUCCACCCUGGUGCUUGGGGGUGCCCUGGGCAGCCUGAUGGGUGCAUACUCAGACUCUGAAGAAGACAGUGACCCUCCAGAAUCAGCAACACUGGAGGCAGGAAGGCAGCGCACCACUCAGCACCAAGCCCAGAAUGCCAUAAAGGAUCAGCUGUCCUGCAAACCCCAAGCAGCAGAACAUGACACAACAAAGAAUGAAAGUAAUGAGAGAAGUGCAGCAGCAGCAAAACCAGUGACCACCACCACCACCACCACAGCAGCAGCAGCAGCAACACCAUCUGCAGCCACCACCAAAACCUCCAGGCAGCGAAGGAAGAAGAGGUAUCCCAAGAAUGGAGUUCGCAAAGGGCUAAAGCCUCCUGGGGGAGUACGCGGUAGCUUCCCAAAGAGACGCAAGACACUGCUGGAAAGGCUGCUCCUUCCUGACAUCACAAGGGAGAGGAACAUUAUCCUUCAGUGUGUGAGGUUCAUUAUUCAAAACAACUUCUUCCUCCCAAAACAGACCACAGAGGAAGGAAAGGAGAAGAAGGAGAGAGGAACUGAUAAAGGCAGAGAGGAACAAAGGGAAGGUUUGACAAGAAAAGUGGAAGAGGAGAAAAGGAAUCAGGAGGAAGAGAAGAGAUUAGGGGAGAGUAAUGAAAUGAGUGAGAGGAAUGAGGACAUGGAAACACAGAGUCAGGGAGAGGAGGAAGGGGAAGGAAAAGGAAAGAGUGAAGAUGAGAGAAAAAAUCAAGAAAAGCGAGGGAAUGAAGAAGGAAAAGAGAAGACAGAAACUAAGGGAGAAAAGCAGGAAAAGGAAGAGGAUGAGGAAAGGAAGGAAAAUAGUGAGGCAAAAGGAGAGAAACUGGAAAAAGAAGAGGAUAAAGAAGGGAAGGAGAAGACUGAAGAUGAAAAGGUGGAGAAAAGUACAAGAAAUAGGGGAGAGACAGCAGUAGAGAUGAUAUGUGAGGAAGAUGAACAAAGGCAAGAGGAAGCAAGGCAUGAAGAUGGAAAAGAAGAGCAGGGAAAUUAAGGGAGGGUUAGAAUAGGACAGAGGAGGGUGUUCUGCAAAAAAAUUGGUUCCAGAGAAUCUUGUGAAAAGCAAUUAAAAGAAAAGCAUAAAGGAAAUAAAACUGGAGGUAAUUGUGAAGAGAAUGCUUGUAGAUGAGGGAAAUAAUGUGAAGAGGAGAGAGAUUCAAAGGAAAACAGAAGGGAGUGAAUAAAGGAGAGGAAGCAAAUACAUUCUUUAUAGUUAGUCAUAAUGUGAGAAACAUGAUGCAAAUUGAAAAAUGGUUAUGUAUAGUAAUAUGUAUGUAAUGUAUUGUUAUGUACUUGCAGCUUUUGUCAAAUAAAAUCUCAUUUUGUUUGAAA